GUACAAUUCGCUUGUUGUUUUCCAAGUUAUCGAGAAAAUGUCUGGCCGUGGUAAAGGUGGAAAAGCUAAGGGAAAGGCGAAGUCCCGUUCCAAUCGGGCUGGGCUCCAAUUUCCUGUUGGCCGUAUUCAUAGACUUCUAAGGAAAGGAAAUUACGCGGAACGUGUUGGUGCAGGAGCACCAGUAUAUUUGGCUGCAGUUAUGGAAUAUCUAGCAGCUGAAGUAUUGGAAUUGGCUGGCAACGCUGCUCGUGACAACAAGAAGACCAGAAUCAUCCCUCGUCAUCUUCAACUAGCCAUACGUAACGACGAAGAACUGAAUAAAUUACUGUCUGGCGUUACUAUCGCUCAAGGUGGUGUAUUACCGAACAUUCAAGCAGUCCUAUUGCCAAAGAAAACCGACAAGAAGGCAUAACUCCAUAAAGGAUUCCAGCAUACAAAUGGCCCUUUUCAGGGCCACAAAACAUUUUAACACGAAAGAAUCACUAACUGUUCAUCUAUUUUCUAUUUUAUUUUACAAUUUGUGAACUUACCAAGUACCUUAACGUACGUACGUUAUAAAGGAAGUAGUAGUAAUAUAUUUUUACAAUAAUACAAUACUAUUUAGAAUAACUUUUUAAUUCUGGUAAUAAAAUACCCAAGUAUUCAAACGGUUUGAGAACAGAUGAAAGUUGAGAGGUAAAGCUAUACUAUUCAGAAAGUUCUACAUUCCAACAUCUGGCCCACAUGGUUGGAGCAGAUGUUUUAUUUCAAGGGAGCCAAUACCGAAAGACAAUGGUAGUCCCGGUAGCGGUGACCUCUCACUCACACAUCACGAGGAUUGGAGAAAGCAAGCGUCCGUCAGGCAAGGAGGAUGGAAUCUCGCACGCAUACGAUGCUCUCCACCAAUUCGCAUGACAAUAAAUAAACUGCUAUCACGCAAGCAGAGUUACGAUAUACGUGUUCGGUUUUCGGGCAGAGAACUGUGGCUUUUCAAAGAUACCUUCAAGCUGUUCUUAUCAGAAAAAUUUCUGUGCUGAAAGGAAAAUACUUAAAUAAGUGACUAUGGCAAAGCUGAAAAGCUUUUUAAAAAAGAGAGAGAGCAUAUUGUUAGAAAAAUCGAAAUAGACAAACGGUUGAGGAAGACCAUGUGCGUUCUGUCAGCGCGUUUCCCCUUCUUAAAGGAAAGUUCUCCAACUUAGGGGUGUCAUAAACAAAAGGGCAUACUGUCGAAGUCGUUCUCACGACCGAGGAUAUUUGGGACGGCAGAGCAUUCUUAUUCUCACCGGGGUGAGACACGGCGUCGUCGUGUACGAUUGCUUUUGAAUUUGAAUAAAGAGUAUAUCUUAUUUUAAAAUACGCCCACAGUUAUUGAAUAAACCAGACAUUUUAAUUAUCCGCUCUGUUAGUCUUAUAGUAUCAAGAAGAAAGUGUCAUUGUUGUGUGUUUUCCAUUUUAAAUUUUAGUGUAUAUUAUAUUCUCUAUAAAUACAGUAAUUAUAUAAAAUGGUAUAAAUAAAGAUUGU